UUCCUCCCCGCGAUUUACUGUGGCGAUUUGUGCGCGGUUGCAUAGCCGACGGACUUUACCGCAAUGAAUAAUGUUGUGUUUUUCUGUAGAGUAGCUGUGUACACGGUGCGUUAAGGAGACGGAGCAGAUGCGGCUCUUGCCAUGAUUCGUCCCGGGAAGCAGAGCUUUCAAGCGGCGUUGAUCUUUCUGUCUGUCGCCCAGCUGACUGCAGGUCUGAGGUGCGUGUGCCAGCUUUGCGCCAACCACACCUGUGAGACGACCGCAGACGGCGCCUGCUGGAACUCUGUGAUGCUGAUUGACGGGAAGGAGGAGACGGUCAAGUCCUGCCUGUCGCCCUCUGAGAUGAAGGGCCAGGUCUUCUGCUACAGCUCCCGAAAUGUCUCCAAGAGGAACUGCUGCUUCACUGACUUCUGUAACAAUGAGACUCUGCAUCUUCACCCAGAGAGGCCUUUGGAAGAAUCCGGCUGGAGCAGGCUGCAGCUCGCCGUGGUGAUCCUGGUGCCCUCCUGCCUGUUGUGUGUGGGGAUCCUGCUGGGUGUGUUUAUUGUGCAGGGCCACCGCUGUGCCUACAGCAGAGCCCACAAGCAGGACCCAGAGGAGCCUCUGGACGACCAGAUGCUGAUGUCACCUGACAAAUGUCUCAAAGACCUCAUCUAUGACAUGAGCACCUCAGGCUCUGGAUCAGGUCUGCCACUGCUGGUCCAGCGGACUAUAGCUCGAACUAUCGUUCUGCAGGAGACCAUUGGGAAAGGCCGAUUUGGGGAGGUGUGGCGGGGCAAGUGGCGAGGAGAGGAUGUGGCAGUAAAGAUCUUCUCCUCCAGGGAUGAGAGGUCGUGGUUUCGUGAAGCAGAGAUUUAUCAGACAAUCAUGCUCAGACACGAGAACAUCUUGGGCUUCAUUGCGGCUGACAACAAAGAUAAUGGCUCAUGGACUCAGCUCUGGUUGGUGUCAGAGUACCAUGAACACGGCUCCCUGUACGACUACCUGAACAGGUACACAGUCUCUUUGGAAGGCAUGAUCGUCCUGGCUCUGUCCAUAGCCAGUGGGCUGGCACAUCUGCACAUGGAAAUCAUUGGGACACAGGGGAAACCUGCCAUCGCUCACAGAGACCUAAAAUCUAAAAAUGUCCUGGUGAAGAAGAAUGGCACGGCAGUCAUCGCAGAUUUAGGUUUGGCCGUGAAACACGACUCCAGUACCAACGCCAUCGACAUACCGUCCAACCACAGAGUGGGGACCAAAAGGUACAUGGCCCCAGAAAUCCUGGACGAGACGAUCAAUAUGAACAACUUUGAGUCAUUCAAGAGGGCGGAUAUCUACUCGCUGGGCCUGGUGUUCUGGGAACUGGCCCGAAGAUGCUCUGUCAGGGGACUACAUGAAGAUUUCCAGCUGCCUUAUUACGACCUGGUGCCUUCUGAUCCGACCAUAGAGGACAUGAGGAAGGUGGUGUGUGAGCAGAAGCUCAGACCCAACGUUCCCAAUCAGUGGCAGAGCUGUGAGGCUCUGCGUGUGAUGGGCAAACUGAUGAGAGAGUGCUGGUACGCCAACCCUGCCGCUCGACUCACUGCUCUGCGGGUCAAGAAAACCGUGUCUCAGCUGUCCAUCAUCAAAGACGUCAAAGAUUAGUUUGAUUUGUUGCACUGCAGAUCAGCGCUGGUGCUGGCACUGGUGCAACACGAUGGACUGAGAGAUGCUGGGAGCUAACUGGGAGAAACUGUUCUCUCUAACGGCCUGAGGCUGCCCUCUGCAGGAUGCAGCCACGCUGUUCACCCUCAGAGAGCAACUUCAGGUUGUUGUUGGUGCCAAAGUAUUGUAGGGGGUGUCUGUGGCUGCUUUGCACAUAGGCACCUAAUAAAAAAAAAGAACCAAACAGCUGGUAGGAAGAGCCAUAUGAAAUAAGACAAUGUAUAAUGUAUAUACAGAUUAUUUUGCUACCUCAGACAUUUAAGUGCCCAAAGCUUGAAGUUGCACAUUGUGAUGUUUUUGUGCCAUAUCUUGUAGCAAACACAGUAUUGCUGGGUAGUUAGUGUGCUUACUGACAAUCACAAAAGGAUACCGAAAAAAAUGGUUCUGGCUGGUUUUACAUGGCACACUUACAGACUGUCCCUGAUAAUCUGAAUUUAUAAGCGUUUAAAGUGCUUUUGAAUAGUGAUUACAGAACUAUUGUAGAUAAAUGGUUUGUUGAAAGCUCAGUGGAAAGGUUACUGUACCACUGACAGGUACACACUGUACAUCCUUUAGCUGAAUAUAUCCAAGUGGGUUGUCACUGUGAUUUAGUGCUGACUAAUGACAGCUGGUCCACUGGUUCUGUUGGUCCAAAUACUUUGACACCUAUUGAAUGGAUCAGAAUGACAUUUGGUACAAACAUUCCUGCUCCUCAGAGGAUGAACCCUCAUAACUCUAAAGAUCCUCUGACUUCAAAGUGACAAUUCACCACAAAAUCAAAAACACGUAUUUCCCCUCUUACCUGUAGUGCUGUUUAUCAGUCUAGAAUGUUUUGGUAUGAGUUGCAGAGUGUUGGAGGUAUCAGCCGUAGACAUGUCUGCCUGCUUUCGAAUAAAAUGGAACUAGAUGGCAGUUGGCUUGUGGUGCUCAAAGUGACAAAAAAUUUUUUUUAAAAAAAAACAAACUCAACAGCAAUGUCUCUUUCCAGAAAUCAUGACCCAGUUACUCAAGAUAAUCUACAGACCUUGUUGUGAGCAAAUUAGGAACUAGUUUCUUUCUUCCAAGGGAAACGUGCAUCUAUUUGUGCUUGUGUGACAGUGUGAGAUGUAACCAUUAAUGGCAUCCUCCUCUGAUGUGCUUUGACAUAGCUCAGUGGUGCUAGGUGAGCUAGCAGUGGAUGCACUCUUCCUUCUGCAUGGUGAUACUGUCGAUGUUUGAAGUUUGUUAGAAAGACAAUAGUUCCUACAUGAAACUGCUCACAACAAGGUCUGUGGAUAUCAUGAGUAACCAGGGGUCCCUUAUAAAACUAGCGUAAGAUCCAUACUAAAAAUGUAAGUACAAACAAAAGCCAAAAUGGAGUGCACCAAAAAGAUUUGACAGUUUCCACAAUCAGGCUUCCAUCUGACCAUCGCAAAUUUCCCGUCUCCAAAAUGUUCAUAAGCAUGGGUCAAAUUUUCUCCCAUUAAGUUUCUUUUUUGUAUAUCACAACUUUUGCAUGGGAAGUUGCAUGCGUCUCUUUCAGGCCUCAGUUCGUGCAUAUGCAGUGUUUACAAAUGAGACCCCUGGUCAUGGUUUACCGCAAAGAGACAUUGCUGUUGAGUUUUUCGAAUGCGUUGUU